GGAUUGCUGGGAAGAAGAAGGAGGCUGUCGAGGUUGGGACUUUGGGGAAGGAGGUACUGUACAGACUGAGCCACUGUCAAAAGACAUCUGAUCAUCUGCGACACCACGAUGGACGAGGAGAUCAUCGAGGACCACAGCAAAGUGAAGCAGAACGUGGUCAAAGUGCUCCACUGCGUAGCCACCAUCUCCUCGGCGGCGGCUGUGAUCAACCCCAUUUUCGGCGUCGUCGGGUCUCUCAUCCGGGUGGUGCUGCACCAGAUCGACGACGAAGACAUCCGGAAGCUGAAGCGCGAGUUCAGCUCGGUCAACAGCGCCCUGGACAAGAUCUCGCGGCAGAAUCGCGACACGCUGGCGCAGAUCGAGAAGGGAACGGUGGACAACCAGUUCAGCCAGGUGGAGCGGAACCUCAAGAACCAGUUCAGGAAGUUCAUGCAGAUGGUGGAGGCGCGGCCGGAGCUCCGCGAGCGCAAGCGGGCGGACUUUGAGGAGAGCUAUAUGAACGACCUGGACGACCAGAACCUGCACACGCUGUAUGACGGCGUGGUGGGAAAACCCAAGCUCUUCGGCAAACCCAUCCUGCAGGUGUACCUGAAGCACUCAGACCGAGACCGCCACACCAUGGAGCGGCUGUGCACGCACCUCACCUACCUGUUCUGCAUCGGCCUCAUCGCUCUCAUGGCCCACAGGGCCAUCAUUGGAGACGACGAGGAGAGUCUGAGCGAGGAGUGGGCCGAGAGGAUGGAGGAGGUGCAGGAGAAGAUGCAGGAGGCGCUUCGCAAAUGCAAAUAAGGACGCCCUCCCUCACUCUGCUGCUGCUGCUUUCCCGUCACAUCCAGCUCCAUAUUCCCUUCGCUUCUUCUUCUUCUGCACUUUUCCUCUAUUUUGCAAUCAUCUUUGCUGAUUUGCUUGAAAUUCCAGUGAUACAACACUAUUGGUCCAAGCUGGUGGACACGAGCUUUGUACUGCAGGCGUGUAUAUAUGUCCAUGCAGAUUAAGAUGAAGACAGCUCUUUAGCAUCAAUUGGCUCAACGUUUGCUGUAAGUCUGGUCAGCACUUAAUGUUUCAACUGAAAUCAGCCACAGGCUCAUUCCAGUAAAUGAUAAAUAAUGUUGUUACUGUGAAAUUUUACAAUGUGUCUCAUAAUAGCCACAUUGAGUUAAUAUUUGCAGUUCUUUGCAGACCGUGUUACACUACAGGAAUGGUAGGAUGUAAAGAACUGUUGUGUAUUUACCAACAGAUCGCCACCAGAGGGCGACAUAUAGAAGCUGAAAAUGAGGGUGUGUUGUAUUUUUGUUGAGGCUAAUUUGUCAUUCGAGGUAGAAAUGGAUUAUAUUUCUAACUCUACAGUUAAAUGCAUAUAUAUAUAUAUAACCUGUAAUAUUGUAAAGGAAAAUUUAACCAAAGCAAGUAACAAAACCGAGUACUAAGGAAAGAAUGUGUCCAUCAUUGCAUGUCCCACCAAGUUUUACCAAAGGUUGCACUAAUAAUUCUGACGCUGCUGGUCAGAACUCUUAUCAACAAUGAACAUAUCCAGUUAAAAGACAAAACACUAAAACCAACCUCUCUCAAACCUCAAUUCUGUAACACUACAACAAAACACAUAUGAAAUAUUAUCUGGGAUGAAGUUAAAUAAUCAAAUAAUGUUUGUUCCUUUUAUGAUAAUAUAAUUUGAUAAUAUUUUCGUUUUGAAACAGGUGGUUUUUGGGGGGGUUAAAUGUCACUUUGCAGUUAUGUCAACACUUUCUACUUUCUGUUUCUAUUUUCUGUUUUUCCCCACAGGAGAUGCACCAAGUGCUGCUAUAAUAUGGAUGAAAUGAUCAAAGUUUUAACAACAUUUUACAGCCUUUAACAUAUUUUGUAUCCAUUAUUAGAUUGUUUUUUAACCUUAAGCUCCAAAUAAUUUUUGGCUAGAUGUUUUUUUUCAUGCACUUCCUCAUCUGACCAACAGUGCCUAAAUGAGUUACAUGUUUUAUUAUAGGAUUUUGGCCAAUCAAUGUAUGUUCUUCAUGCUAAACUGUAAAUGUGUCAUUAGUGGGACUGAACAUCGCAGUAAAAUAUGUCAGCAAGCAUGUGAUCACUGCACCUCAUCGGUUUUUGUAUUUACCCAGGUGAGAUCAUUCAAUCAGUGGUUUAUUGGGUUGGGGGCAGUUUCACAAAUCUCUUAUUGCUAUAACUGUUUCAUUAUCCUCUAUAAAUAUUUAGGCUAAAAUGCUGUUGAGAUGGGAAACGUUUGUACAAAACUCUUAAGGCUUGUUUAAAAAGUCAUAUGUCAGUAAGUUGCUUUUUUGAUAUAUGCACCAGUCUAAAUAAACAUGAGUGAAAUAAACAA